AUGCUUUUACCCGAUGGUUCUUGCUCUCGAAUAUGGCAACGAGAUUCUUAUUGGGAUGCACGUCCUUCCUCUUUCAGCAAUGAAUAUCCGCUUUUUAUACCUCGCCAAAAUUAUUGCUCGACUGGUGGGGAAAACUCAUGGUCUGAUAGAAGCUCAAGUAAUUUUGGUGUUGCUUCGAUGGAAUCUGAGAGGAGGCCUCGCCUGGAUUCAUCUGGCAGUAGUAGCUUUAACUAUUCUUUAGCUUCUUCUCAUUCUGUUCAAACACACAAAGAUUUGCAGAAAGGAAUUUCACUUUUAAAGAAAAGUGUAGCAUGCAUCAUAGCUCACUGUUACAACUCCCUAUGUUUGGAUGUCCCUUCUGGGGCAUCUACGUUUGAAGCAUUUGCAAAGUUAUUGGCUACACUCUCAUCAUCCAAGGAAGUUCGAUCUGUUCUUUCCUUGAACAUGGCUCGCUCGAGAUGUAAGCAAGUUCAACAAUUGAACAAAUCUGUAUGGAAUAUGAAUUCUACUAUUUCAUCAACUACUUUGCUGGAAAGUGCACAUUCUGUUCCCACAACGGUUGAAGGGAGUGGAAGCCGUCACAAGAUUCUGGAGGAUUAA